AUGAAGGUGCCUCCCCAAUACAUCAACGAAACUCAGGGUCCGUACAACCCUGCUGCAGUCCGCGAUCCCAGCACGGGGAAGUGGCACGCCAUUAUGACACUGGACGAGAUCUGGUUUGGUAUAUCAAACUACACUCGUUUCGGGACGUAUCUGGAAGGGCGAAUGCGAUCGCAUCCUCUGGUCUUGGACAUGGGAAAUGGCACGCUGCCCUCAACUGAGGCCUCAACAGCAGUCCGCAUGCUGGACCUGGAUGCAAGCUAUCAGCAGCUGGCAAAUGCUGAGGGGGCCCAGGUGUACAAGGCUGCUGAUUGGAGGCCAUUUGUGUGGAAGGGGGAGAUGUAUCUGGGGCACUGGAUUGGAUACAUGCCUGGGAAAGAGCGCAUGGCCAUAUCCAAGCUGGACCUGCAAGGAGGGGCUGUGAGGCUGCUGCACCGUUUCAGCACGUUGGAUCCAAGCUUAGAAGCUGCAGUGGUGCCAGACCAGGGCACUACUCAAGUGGGAGCGUUCAAAAAGCUGCUCGCCUUGCUUGACAUCAGGCAGAACUGCCAAGAUGCAGGCUUCAGGAGGGAGAAAAACUGGGGAUUCUGGGAAGAGGACGGGAAGCUGCUCAUACUGUACGGGACCCUUCCUUGCACAGUGGUGUUGGAAUUCGACCCCGUGCAACCAUUCGAACCCAAACUUCGAUCUCGGACUUGCUACGUGCGCGAGACCAUUCCCAUUCUGCAGGCCACUGGUAGGUCCACAGCCACCCUCAACAAUGGCACAGGCCUGGACAUCGGGAGGGGCCAGGUGCACAUCAGCGGCAACCCAGUGCCCUGGGACAUCCAGCAUGGCGCCCAGCACCAGCAGCUGAUUGGCAUGUUGCACACAAAACAGGGGCAGUACAUAAACUGGGCUGUCCGCAUGGACCGAGACACCCACGCCAUCACUCACAUCUCAGCCGGGCCAAUCUUGAGCAACCAGGACUACAGGAAUGAGGGCUUCCUGAAGACGGCACUGGUGGUCAGUUCCUUCCACGUUCUACCAAAGGAGGGCAGCAGUGAUGCGGAGGCGUCCUUUGUGCGCAUCUUCUACGGGGAGGGGGAUCGGUACGGGUGCUGGCUGGACAUUGACACAGACACCAUUGUGUGGCACGAGCUUAGGCCUGCCAGGAGCAUGAAAAGGCGACCUUCCAUGCGAGUAGCACCAUUUUGA